AUGGGCCAGUCCACACAGGAUGACAGACAUACACAGCUGACGAAUCUGAGAAGUGCUGCAUACACACUCAUAACUGUGCAGAAACGUCGUGAACAGCUUCGCAUAUCCCAAAAGGCCUAUCGCAACCGAAAACGAGGCGAAUACAACCGAUUACAAAAGCGUGUGGAUGAGCUGGAAAAUGGAGUUCAAGAAAUCAAUGAUGCUUUCCUCGACAUCAGUAAACUAUUACUGGACACGAAUGCGAUCCAAACUCGUCCUUACUUGGCUUCGGCUUUGCGAGAAGUGACUCGACAAUGCCUAUCGCUAGCGGAGCUUGUACAGACUCCCACAUCGGCUUCCUCUCAAGACUCCACCGAAAAUGCUUCCAAUCAUUCCGAUUGUGUACAUCUUAAUGAUUCAGCCGACCAUCCUGAUGCAGGAUAG